AUGAAACCCCUGUUAAUUAGUUUCGUCGUGGCGUUGGUUUUAAUUGGCGCAGCAGAGUGUAUAUCGGACGAAAUAAAGGCCAAAUUAAUGGAGAUCCAAAAGGAAUGCAUGUCAGAAAGUGGAAUUACAGAUGUGGUAAUAAGGCAAGCUUUGCAAGGCGAUGAACUUACCGCCGAAAUGCAAGUAAAUGCGAAAUCGCACGCCUUCUGUUUCGCUAAGAAAUUAGGAAUUAUGAAUGAUGACGGUACCUUUAAUACAGAGGCUUUCAUGCUUCAUCAUUGGUCACUAAGAGAACUAACUAACGCGUGCAUUUCAUAGGUCGACUACAUCAUCAAACUGUUUCUUAUAUUAAAUUGGUAAAAAAUUACAACAUCUCUUUAAAUCAAAAUCAACGUUAUUUAUUCUUAAAUCAAUCUAUCCAUUCAUCCAUUAUCCAUAAUAAUUAACACGACCUUAUUUCAUUGUAAAUGCGACACAUCACAUGCAAUAUCUUGUAAACCCAUUCUAAUUUAGAAAGGUAUUACAGGAUAUUCCAAUACAAUGGAAUUAUCGAUUGAUUCUACAUUGUGAGCUUUAAAUAAAAUAAUUCAAUCGACCAUGAAUUACAGGUUCUCCUAGAACGCAUUAUUUAUUACUGAAUAUUUAAAAAUCUGGAGUUUGAAAUGGUUUUAAUGUUAAUGGUUUAAUAUUAAUGUUUAUACAUUUUUUAGUUAUUUCACUGUAGUUUAAUAAUGGUAGUACAUUUUAUCAUAAUGCACGUAUUAAUUCGGGCUAAAUUAUUGCAUCGAAUUUCAGGUUUGAAAUAUAGUAGUAGAUAUCUAAUAAAAACAUUUUUUACCAAAAAAAUCUGCUAUUUGUCCAUCAAUUGUCACAUUUACAAUUUUUUUCUACAUAGCUACUAUUUAGUAUACCUUCCACAUACACCGUGCUUCAUUCGCGAUUGCAACAAGGGCAUUUAUAAGAAUCGAACAAAGAAAGAUUAUUAAAAUAACAGUUGUCAGAGUGAAAAGUUGCAAUGACAUAAUAUCACACUUUCAUUUUUCUUUAUAAGUUGUCACCCAUAGCCUAUGUUGCAAUGAAAAAUAUUCUAUUGUAAAUAUGUAGAUAUUUAAAACUAUAAUUUUGAACAUCCUACAUAAUUUAAGCCUAGUUGUGUUUAUUUUCAUUCUCUUAUUAGAAUCUCCGUUUUAUUCGUUAAUUGAAAAUAAAUCUUUCCUUUCACAUUGAAAUCAUCUGAGUGGUUAUCAAUGUAUUUUCUUCAAAAUCCCUAAUUUGGGUUUAAAGGAUUCCGACAAAGAAACAAAUUGAAAACCUACUUUUUUCUGUUAUAUCAAGACAAUCUAGAUAAAAAAAUGGAAACUUUUGGUCUUUUCUUUUCUCUUGAGAAAUCAAAGAGAGAAAUCGCUUGCCACUCACCGAAGCUUGCGAUACAAUCCAAAGACGGGCCAGAUUUCUGUGCCGAGUCCAUUCGAACGAAAAAUUGGCAGCUUGUUUCACGGUGAUAAGGGUUAUAAAAAUAUCUCAAGCAGAAUCUCAACUUUACCGUUGUUUUAAAAAAUACGUUAUGUAUACGUUUUUACCUCAUUUAUAAAAUGCAUAGUACCAAACACUCUUCAACAAUAGAUUCAAAACAUGUGGUUUCCCAUUAAUAGUGGAUAUUGACCGAAUUUCGUAUCAAAUUGAGCAUCGAUGAAGUUUCUGCUCUAUUUACAAUAUUAACAUAUAAUUCACUGGUAUUAAGCGUAUUUGAAUAGCUUUGUGCAUAAUUAAUUUCGAUACAAAACGCUCCGUAAAAUGAAUUUGGC